AAAGACUAAGAAACAUCCUGUGAUAAUUUGGUAAAUUUCUUCGACAUCAAUUUCGCCGCAAUGGCUCACGCAAUUAAAGAUUUCUUGAAGAAUCAUUUCCCUCUGUCUUCGUUUGGAGAAAGGAAUAAAGAACGCCAUGGAAGCAGGGAGUAUCUUCACGUUGAAAAUCAAGGAGAAAGCGAUGAGGAUGAAAUAGUUUAUCCUAGCGAGGAAAUGACCAAGGCGAGUGAGAAGGAGUCUUCAAAAAACACUUCGGCUUUACAAGCAGCCUGGAAUGUGUUAAACUUAAUUCAAGGAACGGGAACCCUUGGUGUCCCAUUUGCUGUUAUGCAGGGGGGAUACAUGUCUCUGGUGGCCAUUGCUCUUAUCUCAAUAAUCACUAACUACACGGGGAAACUUAUCAUAGAGUGUUUAUACGAAAAGCCNCUUUUGCUGCCGUGGACUUCCUGUCGUUCAAUUAAACUUCUGAUUUCAGGCCAAGCAUGUUGGAAAAGAUAUGGUUCCGCGGUGGUAUGCGGCGCUCAGGUAAUGCAACUCGCUUGCGCAUGCGUUCUUUACCUGCUUCUCGUCGCCGACUUUUUCAACGACUUGUUUGAGCACCAUGCCCUCUCGUAUUCUUUAUGGACCGUCAUUGCUGGAUUUCUUCUGCUCCCGUCAGUGUUCUUGAAUCAUCUUAAGCACGUCUCUUGGCUCAGCAUGUUCAGUGUCGUCGCCCUCGUCAUGGUGUUUACCUCAGUCAUCGGGUAUGGCGUGACACAGCGUUACGAAUGGGAUUUCAACCUUGGCGUGACAACUUUGGAGGGAUUUCCCGUAGCAUGGGGAAUUAUCCUGUUCAGCUUCGUGUGCCAUCCUUACCUGCCAGGCAUCGAAGAAACCAUGGAAAAACCGGAAGAGUUUAACAGUAUAAUGAAUUACUCUUUUUUUGCCUCCGCUGUGACCAAACUGAUUUACGGCUUCAUAGCAGUGUUAACCUUCAGAGGACAAACCCAACAAGAAAUCUCUGAGAAUCUCCCACCAGGGGCUCUCCAGAAUACAGCCAACGCCCUCCUGGGGUUAAACGGGAUGUUCUCGUAUGCCUUGCCCUUAUUAACCCUUAUUACCAUUAUACAUAAAGCCCAGCUUUCGUACAUUCCACCAUGCUUUCCCGACGAGAAGCAUCCACUGACCAUCAAGGAGCGCGCCAUGAUUUACUCGCUGCGAGCUGUCUUUGUGGUAUUCACCGUAAUGGUUGCUGUCCUUCUUCCUCAGUUCUCGCUGCUAAUGGCGGUGAUUGGUAGCAUAUCAGGUGUCUUGCUUACCCUAGUUUUCCCGUGUCUUUUCGACGUCAUGCUUCACAUCGAGCACAUAAGUACCAGCCGUUACGUCAUCAACUUACUCAUUGUCUGUGUGGGGGUACUCUCCGGUGGCUUUGGUCUGGUGUUUUCACUUAUUGCGAUAACAAAAUUGUACGUUUAAUACAUUUUGCGAAAAUGAACUAAAUUACACUUCUGGGGACACAGGGAUAUUAAGGUUGCAGUAUAACCUUUGUAGCUAGGAUAUUUUGCAGUGUAGACGUCUUAUAGGGAAGAGAGUCAGUGUUACAAGCUCACAAUUAACGUGGACAAUGACGCCAUGUUUUUUCAAGUCGGCGGCCGAACGUUUUACGAAUGGCUACUGAGCGACCGCUCACUAAAAUACGCCUGCAAUCCAAGUUAUACUGACAGAGAAAUAAUGGUUAAGGUUUCAUUCAGCGGACAGCGCGGGAAAAGCAUGCGCAAGAAAUUAAAUUGUUCGUCAUUGUAUCUUGGUGGAAAUGGAAGGCGUGAAUACGGAACUUGUAUCGGAGUUGCAAAUCGACGAAUGUUUAUUAAAUAUAUCUUAUUAACCAAGCGCGAGGGCCGUACUGGGAGUAUAUCGGCCCGAGGUCUUGACAGUA